CAUUUUUGGACAUUUGAAAAGGAUUUCAUGAUCUUUGUCAAGAGAAACAUGGCAGAACACUUCCAAGAAAAGGAUGCAAGGCUUCGAAAAAGACAUGCAGCCUUCUGAUAAACAGGACUGUAUUUUUUAAAACAUUUUUUUUAUUAUUUUUUAAUCACAAAAAGUUUCUUUACGGAGCGCAACAGGCGGGACUGAGCAAACCUCGUGAGAUAUUCUUCAAGCUGGCUUGCCGUUAGAAGAAUGGAGUAAAGCUGGGAUCGUCUAUGAAAGCUGGGAUUGAUUCUUCCAGAUCUUGAGACAUGGCUCAGUCUGAAGACAUGCCUAAGGAGGUGAGCGCUGAGGGGAAGGCAGAGAGCGAGUCCGCCGGGGAGAUUAAACGGGCUCGGACCAUGGCUUUGUACAACCCCAUCCCAGCCAAACACAACUGUCUCACCGUCAACAGGUCUCUCUUUAUCUUCGCUGAGAAUAAUAUCAUAAGAAAAUAUGCAAAGAGGAUUAUAGAGUGGCCUCCAUUCGAGUAUAUGAUCCUGGCCACCAUCAUAGCCAACUGCAUCGUUUUAUCCCUGGAACAGCAUCUUCCUGGUGAGGACAAGACGCCUAUGUCCAAAAGGCUGGAGAAGACCGAGCCUUAUUUCAUUGGGAUCUUCUGUUUUGAGGCUGGUAUCAAGCUGGUGGCGCUCGGUUUUGUUUUUCAUAAGGGUUCCUAUCUCAGAAACGGCUGGAAUGUAAUGGACUUCAUUGUUGUGCUAAGUGGGAUUCUGGCCACUGCCGGUUCUCAUAUGAAUAUCCCCGUGGAUCUGAGGACCCUGAGAGCUGUGCGUGUGCUCAGACCCCUCAAACUAGUCUCCGGUAUCCCUAGUUUACAGAUAGUUCUGAAGUCCAUUAUCAAAGCGAUGGUGCCACUGCUGCAGAUCGGCCUUCUGCUGUUCUUCGCCAUCCUGAUGUUCGCUAUCAUCGGUCUGGAGUUUUACAGUGGCAAAUUACACCACACUUGCCUGCCCUCUCCAGAUAUACUCGAAAACGAGACGGUGGACUCGUCUGAGGUGGAGUUUGCGUGUGGCGUGAGGAAGUGUCCUGAGAAAUACACCUGCAGUGGCAGCUGGAUUGGGCCCAAUGAUGGCAUCACUCAGUUUGACAACAUCUUGUUUGCAGUGCUAACAGUAUUUCAGUGCAUCACUAUGGAGGGAUGGACUGCCGUCCUGUACAAUACUAAUGAUGCUUUGGGGCCCACAUGGAAUUGGAUUUAUUUCAUUCCUCUCAUUAUUAUCGGCUCGUUUUUUGUGCUCAACCUUGUUUUGGGUGUCCUUUCUGGAGAGUUUGCUAAAGAGAGAGAAAGGGUGGAGAACAGACGUGCCUUCAUGAAGCUCAGACGCCAGCAACAGGUGGAGCGCGAACUCAACGGCUACCGGGCCUGGAUAGACCGAGCAGAGGAAGUAAUGCUUGCAGAAGAAAACAAGAAUUCUGGGAGAUCAGCGUUAGAUGUUUUGAAACGGGCCACCAGCAAGAAAAAUGCAAGGCGUCGAGGACCAGGGGAGGAGAAAUAUUCUGAAGUCUCUACAGUUGGUGGCCCCCGCCCGAGGGUUGGUAUACGGACAGCGAGACGAGGGCCGGCUGCUUACAUGCGGCGCAAGGAACGCAUGUUGCGGAUAUCUAUUCGUCGCAUGGUUAAAACCGACAGCUUCUAUUGGAUAGUCCUCAGUCUGGUGGCGCUCAACACCAUCUGUGUUUCCAUCGUUCAUCACAACCAACCGGAAUGGCUCACUAUUAUUCAGUACUACGCAGAGUUCGUGUUUCUUGGACUUUUUCUUGCUGAGAUGUUUCUGAAAAUGUAUGGCCUUGGUUUCCGUCUCUACUUCCAUUCAUCCUUUAACUGCUUUGAUUGUGGGGUGAUUGUGGGUAGUAUUUUUGAAGUGGUUUGGGGAUUCUUCAGGCCUGGAGAGUCUUUUGGCAUCAGUGUCCUCAGAGCUUUACGUCUGCUACGAAUCUUUAAGAUAACAAAGUACUGGACAUCCUUACGGAACUUGGUGGUUUCCCUCAUGAGCUCCAUGAAGUCGAUCAUCAGUUUGCUCUUCCUCCUCUUCCUGUUUAUCGUAGUCUUCGCUUUACUUGGAAUGCAGCUGUUUGGUGGAAGGUUCAUCUUUGAAGAUUACACUCCUACUAAUUUUGACACGUUUCCGGCUGCCAUCAUGACCGUCUUUCAGAUUCUUACUGGAGAGGACUGGAAUGAGGUGAUGUACAAUGGGAUUCGCUCACAAGGAGGGGUGCAGUACGGCAUGUGGUCCUCAAUCUACUUUAUUGUUUUAACCUUGUUUGGGAACUAUACAUUGCUCAAUGUAUUCUUGGCUAUUGCUGUGGAUAAUCUAGCCAAUGCACAGGAACUGACUAAGGAAGAAGAGGCGGAAGAGUUCUUCAAUCAGCGUUAUAAAUCCAGAGAAUUUGGCCUCUCAGAAAGGAGACGGAGACCGUACUUGUACAGGAAGCGCGCCAUCCACCGAGGACGACCAACUCCUGCAGAGGCAGAGGAGGAAGCCGCUGGGAAGCAAGCGGAAGAGCAGCCCGUCAAUGCUUUUGCUGGCCGUCGUGAAAGACGCAAAAAGAUAAACAUGUCCGUCUGGGAGCAACGGGCCAACCAGCUGCGGAAACGUCGGCAGAUGGCCAGUCGUGAGGUGCUGUUUGGCAGUCCCACAGAGGACCAGUUGGACACUCCAGUGAGUGAUCAUCACCAACAGAGCUGCAUAUCCCCAGAGACGAGCCCUUUACACUUAGCAGAAUCACCAAUGUCUGUGGGGAUGCCACUGCCAGAGCCGCCCAUGUCUAUCAUCAUUCCUCUCCCUGAACCUCCAGAAUCUGAGCCCUUGUCCCUGACGGGAUCGGGGCUGGAGGAGAGGCCAAGCACUAAUAAUCAUCAUUCCAAUACAGAUAGGAGGCAUCGUGUGGCAAGGAAGUUUCGGGCUGCUGCCGCUGCAGGGGUGGCAGAGGGUGGGCGGCACAAACGCCACAGACAUCGAGAGUUCAGAACAGAGGCCAGAAAUGCAGAGAAUCACCAGCAAUUUGGGUGCAGCGAGAAACCGGCUGAGGAGGGUGAGGAUAAAAUGGAUGAAACACAGUCUAAAAACUUGAUGCACAUGUACGAAACAGAAACAAUCAUGUCUGGCAAGCAAACUGAGAGUCAGGAGGAAUGCCAAAGGGAGUUUGUGGGUGAUGUGACUGGGAUUCCCCAAGCAUCUGGCCUUCAGGAGCUUCAGACUCUCUGCACUGGAAUGGAAGAUCAAGCAGAAAGCCAGGAAGCUCCAUUCCUGAGGCACAAAGAAGAGUUUUCAUCAGAAUCUAAGUACAUGACAGGGGAAGUCUCAGACAUUGAGAACAAUGGCAGCUAUCUAAACCAGGAUGAGUGUAUGACAGAAACCAGCAUUAAACGAGAGACAUCAACCCAGCCUUUGUUGGAAAUGGCACCAAUGACUGUCAGCUUCAAAGACGUGGAGGCCUCUCACUCAGGCAAAGCUGAUGAUGGUAACGACGACGAUGACGAUGAUGAUGAUGAUGAUAAUGAUGAUGUUGAGAAUGGAGGUGGACAGUCGACUGCCCCCAAACCCGACACACCUGACAGCAUGUUCAUUUUCAAAAGCACAAAUCCUAUCAGGAGGAUCUGCCACUAUGUGGUGACCCUGCGCUACUUCGAGAUGACCAUUCUCCUGGUGAUUGUGGCCAGCAGCAUUGCACUGGCUGCUGAGGACCCUGUGUGCGCCAAUUCAGAGAGGAAUAAAGUUCUUCGAUACUUUGAUUAUGUUUUCACUGGCGUUUUCACAUUUGAAAUGAUUAUAAAGAUGAUCGACCAGGGCCUCAUUCUUCAUGAUGGGUCGUAUUUCCGUGACUUGUGGAACAUUCUAGACUUUAUUGUGGUGGUUGGAGCUUUAUUUGCCUUUGCAUUGACGAAUUUAAUGGGAAACAACAAAGGCCGAGACAUUAAGACCAUUAAGUCCUUAAGGGUUCUCCGAGUUCUCCGUCCCCUCAAGACCAUCAAAAGACUUCCGAAGCUCAAGGCUGUGUUCGAUUGCGUGGUCACAUCCCUGAAGAACGUCUUCAACAUCCUCAUCGUCUACCAGCUCUUCAUGUUCAUCUUUGCUGUGAUUGCAGUGCAGCUCUUCAAGGGAAAGUUCUUCUACUGUACCGACGGAUCGAUGGGGACGCAAAAAGAAUGCCAAGGCUACUACAUUGACUAUGGGAGGGACAGAAAGGAGGUGAAGAAGCGUGAGUGGAGGAGACACGAGUUCCACUAUGAUAAUGUCCUCUGGGCUCUUCUGACGCUCUUCACUGUGUCCACAGGAGAGGGCUGGCCACAAGUUCUCCAACACUCGGUGGACAUGACUGAGGAAAACCACGGCCCAAGCAGAGGAAACCGAAUGGAGAUGUCCAUUUUCUAUGUCAUAUACUUUGUGGUUUUCCCCUUCUUUUUUGUCAACAUCUUUGUUGCUCUCAUCAUCAUCACAUUCCAGGAGCAGGGAGACAAAAUGAUGGAGGAGUGCAACUUGGAGAAAAACGAGCGGGCAUGCAUUGACUUUGUAAUCAGUGCAAAACCCCUAACGAGAUACAUGCCUCAGAACAGACAGACCCUCCAGUACCGAUUGUGGCACUUUGUGGUGUCGCCGUCAUUCGAGUACACGGUUCUAGUCAUGAUUGCACUCAACACAGUAGUGCUCAUGAUGAAGUACCACUCGGCGCCAGCUGCCUACGACAUCGUCCUGAAGCACCUCAACACUGCGUUCACUGUGCUCUUCUCUCUGGAAUGCAUCUUAAAGAUUUUCGCCUUUGGGUUCAUGAACUACUUCCGUGAUACAUGGAACAUCUUUGAUUUCAUCACUGUGCUGGGCAGUAUUUCUGAAAUUGUGGUAGAUUUACAGUCUGUGAACACCAUCAAUAUGAGUUUCCUGAAGCUUUUCCGGGCAGCCAGACUCAUUAAACUGUCCUAUUUCUAUUUUGUCUCAUUCAUCUUUUUCAGCUCAUUUUUGAUGCUGAAUCUCUUCGUGGCUGUGAUUAUGGACAACUUUGAGUAUUUGACCCGAGACUCAUCCAUUCUCGGACCUCACCAUCUGGAUGAGUUUGUGCGAAUCUGGGGAGAAUAUGACCGAGCUGCAUGUGGCCGUAUUCACUACACUGCCAUGUACGAGAUGCUAACCCACAUGUCUCCACCUCUUGGAUUGGGAAAGAAGUGUCCUGCCAAAAUUGCAUACAAGAGACUGGUGCUGAUGAAUAUGCCAGUCGAUGAGGACAUGACGGUUCACUUCACCUCCACACUGCUGUCUCUGAUCCGCACUGCUCUGGAGAUAAAAAUCGCUAGAGGGGGCGAGGACCGGCUACAGUUGGACAUCGAAUUGCAGAAGGAGAUAAGUGUCACCUGGCCACACCUGUCCCAAAAGACUCUGGAUCUGCUGGUACCCAUCAACAAAGACACGGACAUGACUGUUGGAAAGAUCUAUGCUUCUAUGAUGAUCAUGGAUUACUUUAAGCAGAGCAAAGCCAAGAAGUUGAGGCAACAGAUUGAGGCACAGAAAAGUCCCACCCUGCCCCUGAUAUCUCACAGCGCUGGAUCAGCCUUGACCAGUGGGGGGUUUGUGGCUUUAAGCCCCAUAUCACCACAGGAGCUGUUAUUGCAGCCCAUGACCCACCGUACAGACAGCAGUGAAGACUACGAUGCCUCUCAGGUUGAUGAAUCAGGGUUGAAUGGCAUGUGGGGGGAAGAUCGCCCACCUGAACAUGCAUUCAGAACCAGACACAAGAGCUACAAAGCUGCAGUGUCCCACUCAGACCAGACACAGUACAUGGAAAAGGUGCGAGGACGACCAAAAGAACAGCGGUUCUUACUUUCCCCGGAUAACUCCAACUCAAAAUCUCGUUCCCGCUCUCCCAGUGAGGAGCGCAUGCAUGGGGUCACCAGACAGGGAAACAGCUCCGAAAGCCCCGUUCCCUCCACCUCAGAGUCCAGCACCCCGAGCGGCAAGCGUCGCCUGUCCCAGACCUCCACCUGCUCACACCCUCACAUCUCCUACUCACCCUUAGUGUGCCACACGCAACCUUCAUCACACGUUGAUGAUGAUGAUGACGAUGACGACACAACCGUCCAGCAGAUGAUAGGGUGCUGUAGUACUGCUUUAUGGGAUGACGGUGCUGAAGACCAGGAGGCGAGACAGCAGGAAAGUACCCAAUUUGAAGUGGGUGAAUAUCUGGGUUCAUCCGCACGCCGCUAUCCUUCCGAGUCCUUCCUCGCCCUACAAGAUGAAGAGCACAGCCCUGAUUCUGCCGCUCCUAUGGAAACUCUUACCUUUGAGGCAGCGGUGGCCACCAGCCUAGGCCGCGCGAACACGGUCAGCGCCUCGAUGCGCACAAGGUCACGGAUAGGCUGGCAGGUGCCCAACGGACACUUCCGGAAGAGAUUGACACAGAGCGUAUCUCUCGCUGGCGGUGAAGCUCUCAGCGAUGCAGAUGAUGACAAAUACUAGAUCAGUCAGUAGAACAGAGACAUAACAGGACACAUGUAGAUUUCAAGGAGGACACUGAGGUGGAUGCUGAUCUUCACAAUAUCCAAGAGGUGUUUUAUAGAUAUACAAAUUAAACGUGUUCAAUGAAAUGUGCAACAGAAAGACUUCAUAUUUAUAUUCUCUUAAUUUCUCAUCAGAUAGUGCGUUUGGAAAGCAACCCAUACAUUUGAGGCCCGAUUCAGGUAUUAAGUGCUUUAUUUCCAGAUGGGGAUAGUGAGUUGAUGGCUUAAAGGCCUUCACAGACAGAGAUUAGACUAAACCAGGAUUAGGCCAUA